GAAGAGCAAAUUUUUGAAAAGAAAGGCUUAGGAACCCAAUUGCUUCCACCUUAAUCUCUCUCCAUUAAAUUAGUCUUGUUCAAACCCAAUUGCUUUCCAAGGUUUCUGGCAAUCUCAAAGCCGAUACGGAAUUACGUAAAGCGAUUGAUCAAGCCCUGUUUCUAUCUAUCUAUUGUGGAAUCCAGAGAUGAUGUAUUGUCGUCGUGUUUAGAUGGCGGAACCGACCCUAGUCAUCAUGGAUUCGUCGGAUCGAGUUGAAGAAACCCUAAUUUCAGAAGAGGAUUGCGACUAUGACGAGGAGGAGGAAGAAGAAGAAGAUGUUGAUUUCAAUCCUCUUCUCAAGGAGACUCCUUCUCGUGAAGCUUCUUCCAGUUUGAGCUCUGAAGUUGAAGCUCCUGAUGGUGAAAUUGUCAAUAGCAUUGCCGUUGAGAAAAACUUGGACGAUGUUGAGAAAGGAAGAGAGGAGGAAAUCGCGAUGCAAACUAGCGUCUCGUGCCAGGAACCAAUCCCAGAGGAGGACUCGAAUCAUGAACCUGUUGCUCAGAAAGAAGGUGACUUUGUUACAGAGAAGACAUUGGAGGCAAAUGAAAACGGAGACAUGAUCCAAACUCAGAAGCAGGUUUUGAUGUCGCCGGAUGAGCAGGAUGAUGCAAUCUGCAAGCGCACCAGAGCUCGGUAUUCGCUCGAGAAUUUUACCCUUGAUGAUCUUGAGGCCUUUCUUCAGGAGACUGAUGAUGAGGAUGACAUUCCUAAUGUCGACGAUGAGGAGGAAUACCGCAAGUUUCUCGCCGCCGUUUUACACAGCGGUGAUGCUGAAUCUCAAUUGGUGCAUCCUGAUGGAAAUAACGACGACGAUGAUGAUGAGGAUAACGAUCUAGACUUCGAGAUUGAGCUUGAAGAAGCUCUGGAGACUGAUGACGAGGAAAGCAUACCUGCAAAGGAGGUCAUAAGAUCAGAUGAAGAGAAAACCCCUAAGAGACGACCCGUGACUAGGCAGAAGAGACGGCAAAACACCUCCUUUCAGCACAACACCGAUUCUGCUGGGCAGCCUAGCAGAUUGUUGCGCCCUCUUGUGCCUAUCUUGCCCAUUACACUUCCUGCUAGGAGGUUUCCUGCUGCUCAAGCAGUUGCUUCAUCACAAAACAUCCCAACAAUUGGCUUCAGUCAAGCCCAAAUGGGAGAGUUGCAUUGUUUGAUUCAUGACCACCUUCAACUUCUUAUCCAGGUCUACUCUCUCUGUGCACUUGAUCAUUCACGGCAGCACAUUGGAACCCAAGUCCAUGGACUUUUAUCUGAGAUGCUCCAACAACACCAAGGAUUUGUUUCACGCCAAAGUCAUCUUCUUGUCGCUGGUUCGGCAUCACCGCUUCGGAAUACUGUGGAUCUAGCUGGGAGUUAUCUACUUGAUGUUUCUAAAGCCGUUCAAGAUUAUCGACGGUGUCAAGUGGAAUCCGGUUUUGAUGCUUCGUCUCAAAGAGUGCCACUGUUUCCACUCCCUCGCCAAGAAGCUGGCGGCGAGAUCGUAAACAAUCCUCCUUCAACGCCUAGCAUAAGUAAGUCACCAUCAGAUCAGCAGCAGUCUAAGAAAACGCUAGCUGCUACACUCGUUGAAUCAGCGAAGAAGCAAUCUGUUGCCUUGGUCCAUAAGGAUAUCGCCAAUCUAGCUAAACGGUUUCUGCCGUUGUUCAAAGUAUCGCUAUUUCCGCACAAGCCACCUGCUGCAGCUGUUAGCAAUCGGUUCCUUUUCACUGACGCUGAGGAUGAACUACUGGCUCUUGGAAUAAUGGAAUAUAACUCAGACUGGAAGGCAAUAAAGCAGCGCUUUCUUCCAUGUAAAGCCGAAAAUCAGAUUUAUAUUAGGCAAAAAAACCGGAGAUCAUCUAAAGCCCCAGAAAAUCCAAUCAAGGCAAUUUUGAGGAUGAAAUGCUCUCCCCUGACCCCACAAGAGAUAGAACGUAUACAAGAGGGACUUAAGUACUUCAAAUAUGAUUGGAUGUUGGUGUGGAAAUUCGUUGUGCCUUAUAGAGACCCAUCCUCCCUGCCAAGGCAAUUGCGCACUGCCCUUGGAAUUCAGAAGUCGUAUAAGUUAGAUGCUGCCAAAAAAGAGAAGCGGCGAUUAUAUGAUACAAACAAAAGAAAGUCCAAAGAGCAGCCUGCAUCUGCAAAAGAGGACCGUCAUGGUGCUUCUAAGGCCAAUGAAAAUCACGUUGGGCAUGAAUUGGUGGAGAAUUCAGGUGACGCAUACCUUCAUGAAGGAUUUUUAGCAGACUGGAGGCCUGGCAUGCCAAAUCUCUUUUAUUCUUCAUAUAUGCAAUCCUCUGGCAAGCCAAAGGAUGUUCCCCGUGAUCUUACAUGUACUGGUGAAGGAUCCAAAAAUCCUGAACUAUCUGGUGCCCGAGCUCUGACAUGUACGGGGAGGCUUGCACCUUCUUUGAUACCUCUGUACAACCACACAUCUGGUACAGCAACCGAUGCCUCAAAAGCACCGUUUAUUAUGCGGUCAUAUCGUCGUGCUCGUAAACAACGCAACCUAAGUGUAGUGAGACUAGCCCCUGAUUUACCUCCACUUAACCUUCCAUCUUCGGUCCGUGUUAUCUCGCAGUCAGUUUUUGCGAAGGAUCAGCCUGAAUCGUCCUCCAAAACUUGUAUCGUUAAGGGCGGCAUGUCUGGUGUUUCUGGGAGGGGAGUUUCGGGUACUGAACCUCCUUGCUUUUCAGCUGACGGAGAUAACAACGGGCCCCCUUGCGAGAAAGAUUUGCCUGCAGAGAGCUCCUCUGGGAUGGGCGAGACAGACAACGACCCGGAUCUUCAAAUGCAUCCGUUAUUGUUCCGGACCCCUGAGAAUGGACAGAUUACAUGUUACCCUUCAAUCAGAGACCCAGGAGGUUCUAGUUCCUUUAGUUUCUUUUCUGACAAUCGACCUCAGCUGCUGAGUCUUUUCAACAGUCCAAGGCAAAUCAAUCACUCUGCUGAUCAGUUCCAGAAAAAACCAUCAUCUAAUGAACACGAGGCAGGACUGAGCUGUUUUCAUCCUCUUCUUCAAAGAACUGAGUGUGAAACUAGCCAUCUUAUUAGUAGACGUGGGAACUUAGACACAGACAUUGGCAAGAAGGGCAAAUUAUGUCAACUUCAGGAUACUUCUAGUGCUGUUGAGAAGACUUAUAUCCCUGGUGCUGGUCGUAAUGAUGUCAGAUCUAGCAAGCAUGUUAAAAAUGUGAACUUAGAUAUCAAUCUAAGCCCAAGCUCUUCCAAGGUAAAAGAUUGUGGUAGUGUCUCAGAAGAAAAUAUUUCAGAAGUUCCAGACAUCUGCAUGAUUCAACGUAGGGAUGGCUCUGGAGUGCCUGGAUCAACCGCAACAAGCGAUAGAUGCAUUGACGAGAUGGCUGAUCAAUCUAAUCAAGGUAUAGUGAUGGAACAAGAGGAAUUAAGUGAUUCUGACGAAGAGAUGAUGGAAGAAGAAAAUGUUGAGUUUGAGUGUGAAGAGAUGGCUGAUUCUGAAGGAGAAGAGGGCUCAGAAUGCGAAGAAGUUAUUGAAAUGCAAGAUAAGGAUAACAGAAGCUCUACAGUAGAAAUAGUUUCAACAGAUGCCGAUUCUGGCCCAGAACUAGGCAGGGAUUCUCCGAACAGUCCUUGGUUGAGUCUGGAUCCCAGUAGCCGCCCCUCAAGUAGUAAGGUUAAGAACAUAGAGAAGACAGAGCCAGAAAAUAAAAGAACCACGACACAAGAUGGUCCUAGUAGAUCACGCAAAAAGAGGACACCAGUGAAGAGCAGAGAUGCAGAAUCAAAGGAAGACGAAGGUGUUGCUCGCUUGAGACUGGGUCCUCUUGCCCUCCCUUCAAUGAAGAAGCCCAGGAAGUGUGUUGGGCAGGCGGAAACAAGUCCAAGGAUUGAGACAACCUGAGAAACUUGUAGGCCCCAACAGCAAAUGAUUAGCUCUUCCCCACUCCAAAUUACUUUCAGGUAUGUCGGCCAAUCUGGGGAGCUGUGUUCUUUGGGUUUACCCUCUUGGAGGUUGCGGCACCCAUGGAGUUUGCUACUAACGAGGGUUCAGGUGCGCAGAGACAAUGCAGGGUACAAAGAUGAGUAGUGCAUGAGGCGGAAGGAAUAAGAUUCGGCUUUGGCAGAUUCAUCAGCCAUUUCUUUUGAAAGAGAUGAGUAUGGAGUAGAAUAUGUAAGCUGAAAAGGGAAGAAAUGGUGGAAUCCGGCCGUGAUGUUGCAUCAAGCGGUGCUCCAUUGAGGCGGGAGUAAAGAGAUGGGCUCUUUUUAAGCACAAGAGUGAUGAUAAAUCAAAUGGAAUACAGUCUAGCGUUUGAAAUGGAGAUGGCUUUAUCCUAUAUUUCUCCUUCUUGUUGCUUCUUCUUCGCAUUUUCUUACUGAUAAACCCUUUUUGUCGAAGAGUUUGCCUAAUUCGUGUGCAAACACAAUAUGAUGGAUUACUUACACUUUUCUUAAGAUGGUUUCAAUUCUACACUUUUCUUUGAGCAAAGAUUACUUG